UUUCAGAAAGAGAGAGGGAAGGGGAGGUUAAUAAAGGGAUCGAGUGAGUGGGACUAAGAGAAGAUGGGGGGGUGGAUGUGGAAAGCGUACUUAAAAGUAUUUAGGCGAAGAUACGCAGAGAGACAGACGAUCGGACAGACAGAUGUAAUAAUGAAAGAAAUUAAUGAGGGUUACUGUUGUUGUUUCGUGUUGUUUUGAAUUGACAAUUUGAGCAGUUCGGAGAACAAGUGGAUCAAUCAACUUUAUAGCUCAUACAAUUUAUCAACAUAACACAACAAAACUAAACUAAAGGAAAAGAACGGAGAGGAGGACGAUUCAAAAAUAGGAGAACGGGGGAGAAAGACCUUUAACUAAUCCACAUGCUGUCAGUAUAUAGGUCUCAAUUCGCAGCCGCCACGUCGUAUUCCGUAACAUUUUAUUUCUGACAAAUAGACGGUUUUAUUCCUUUGCCAGCUCGUCUGAUGACUGCCAAAAGAAAAUAUGGAAAAAGAUCAAGAGGCGCAAUUCAAAAUGUGGUCUGCUACAGUCAAUGUGGAUUAUGUUAUGAAUGGGCUUGGAACGAAAGGUUACUUCCACACAUCACAAUUCCUGCUCUGGUGUCUCACAGCACUUGUAGCAUCAGGCAAUCUUAACCUUUACAUCUUCAGCGGCCUUCAAACAAAACACCAAUGUAAAAAUUUGACUCAGGAACAACUCAUCCACCACAACCUCUCGUACAGCCAAGAGGAUAUCAUUUAUGGCGAAUGCACAAUUUCUUCUGACAGUUACCUAGAUUUCAACAAAACGAUACCAUGUGUGAAUGGCUACCAUUAUACAACUCGGGUAGAUAGGUCUAUUGUUUCUAAGUGGGACUUGAUCUGUGACAAGACAGGCUUGGCAGAACUAACGCAGACGUUCUACGUGGUUGGCCAGUUAAUCAGUGGGAUAUGUAGUCCUAUUUUUAUUGAAAAAUUCGGACGGAAGCCAGUUCAUAUUGCAUCGAACAUCAUUCUACUCGGAAUUAACCUGGUCUGUGCGUUCAGUCCUUAUUACUGGAUUUUCGCCCUCAUGAGGCUUCUCAACGGAAUAAUUAAUGAUUGUUCCUUAGUGAGUUGUUUGACUGCUGUGGUGGAACUGUUUCCAAAGGAGAAUCGACUUCUUAUGAAUGGCAUAUUUUCCUUCAUGUGGAGUUUACUAAACGUCGUGCCAGGUGCAGCCGCCUACCUACUGCGAGACUACAGUUGGACCGCUUUGGCCUUUUUUAAUUGCGCCCUUUCAGGAUUUUUCAUUAUAGAAAUCAUGUUCCUGGAAGAGUCCAUUCGUUGGCUGUUUGUGCAUGGAAAAAUGGAGCAGGCCAAGAAAGUUCUGAAGAGAGCAACUCACCAAAACAAGAUUAACUUCGAGCAUAUUUGGAAGAAUUACGUAAUGGAUUGCUGUAAUGAUAAAAACAUAGAUAAAAAUAAUGAAUGCACGGAGUCAAAUAGCACUAGCAACAGAGACGUCCACAUUGAGGAUACCGUACAACAUUCAAACAGCGAUGUUGACAAUAAGCAACAACAGCAGCCCAGUGCCACAACCCCAGAAAAGAAAUCAGGAGUCUGGAUUCAACUAAGUGACAUUUUCAAGAUACCAUAUUUAAGAAAAAUUUCAAUUGUAAUCAUAAUCGUAUGGAUUGUAGAUGCUGCAUCAUACAAUGGUCUUUACUUAUUAUCCGAAGCGUUGGGCGGGAGUAUCUACUUCAACUUCACAAUUAUGGCCCUUGCUGAAGCAUCCGCUGCAUUGCUAUAUGCCGGCGCACUAACAAGAUUUGGGCACAAAAUAUCACUGGGUUUUUCAAAAUUAUUCGGUGGUGUUUGUCUUAUGGUUGCAGCAUUCAUAAAACUGUUUGGUAAAGCAAACAAGAUAAAUGAAAAUGCAUUUGUAGGUCUCAAUCUGGCAGCCAUGUUUGGUGUUGGUGCUGGCUAUGGAGGCAAUUAUAUUUAUACACCAGAAUUAUACCCGACUUCGAUGAGGAGCGUUGGAUUAGGUAUGGCUUCUUCCUCAGCUCGAGUUGUUGUCAUGGGAGUCCCGUUCCUGAGACUGCUGGAGAUUGAAGCUAUCUGA